CUUUACCCUUCCUCUACCCCCUCUCCCUUUCUCUCUCCCUCUCUACCCCCUCCUCCCGCAUCAGUACGCAGGCGUGUGCGUGCUGAGCUCCCGCUCCGGACCUGAACUUUACGCACGGUGCCGCUUCACCUUCCUCUCGCACCUGUUCCCGGGGCCGCGGUGUUUCUGCUCCUCGCCCGGUUCCGGUGGAUGACCGGUGGAUGACCGGUGGACUCCUCGCGGAGCCAUGCACUCGCACUGCGGGUUCAUCUUGGGUCGAGUCCCCGCAGGGAACCGACCCGACCCUGAUUGCCUCCACUCCCGUUUCCGCAUUCCCGCAGCCUUCGUGCGCAGCGCCGCCGCCGCGGAGCCGCGACCCACGAGCCGCACCGAGCAAACCGGUUGGUCCGGAUCGUCCGAGCCGCGGGCGCCGCGUCAUGUUUGCGGCUAGAGAGCGAGCGGCACCUGGAGCAGCGAGCGGCCGGAGCCGAGGCUGAUCGAGUCCCGGGAUGGAGGGCUGCUGCCGCGCGUGUAUGCCGUGCCUCGGCCGGCUCUGGAACUGGAUCUGGCCCGACUUCCGCUACCCCAACGUCCCGAACCACGACCAUGUGAUCGCCAACCCGGCGGCGCACGCGGCGGAGAUCCGCACCGUGUCCGGGGACAUCCGCGCCCCGUCGCCCAAGAAGCGGCCGGUGCAGCUGUACGCGGCGCUGUUCGACUUCGUGGCCCGGAGCGACGACGAGCUGACGGUGAAGGAGGGCGACAAGCUGUCGGUGCUGGAGAAGCGGGGCGACUACGUGCUGGCGAAGAAGCUCACCGGGUCCCUGGAGUCCGGCCUGAUCCCGGCCAACUACCUGGCGCUGCUGCAGGACGAGUUCGCCAAGCACAAGUGGUACUAUGGGAACAUAAACCGAGUGAAAGCUGAGAAGCUGCUUCUGGCUUCCCAAAACAAAGAUGGCUCCUUCCUUGUUCGCAUCAGUGAGAGUCACAGUGACGAGUACACCAUCUCCGCUCGCAGCGAGGGGCAGGUCUACCACUUCAGGAUCAAGCGCUCCACCAUCGGAGCGUACUUCGUCUCAGAGAAGAUCUCCUUCGCCACGUUGGGGGAGCUCAUCUCCUACUUCCAGAAGAACCCCCGCAGCCUGGGGGUGCUGCUGGAGGAGCCCUGCGCCCAGCAGCGGGAGCUCUUCGACAUGGAGCCGUGGGAACGACCUCGAGAGGAGUUCAAGCUCCACAGGAAACUGGGAGAGGGCCACUUCGGGGAGGUGUGGGAGGCUCAGUGGACCACGGAGAACAAGAAGGUGGCCAUCAAGAUGCUGAAACAAGAGGACACGAAGCAGGACGAGUUCGUGAAGGAGGUUCAGGCUCUGAAGAGCCUCCAUCACCCGAAGCUCAUCCAGCUGCUGGCCAUGUGCUCCAGAGGAGAGCCCGUCUACAUCGUCACAGAGCUCAUGAGCAAAGGAAGCCUCAAGUCCUACCUCGCCUCGGCUGAAGGUCAGGUGCUGACCUCCGCUCACCUCAUCUACAUGGGCAGUCAGGUCGCAGAGGGCAUGGCCUACCUGGAGGACAGGAACAUCGUCCACAGAGACCUGGCCGCCAGGAACGUGCUGGUGGGGGACGACCUGGUCUGCAAGGUGGCCGACUUCGGACUGGCUCGGAUCAUUAAGGACAGUGUUUACACAGCGAGCAGAAGCACAAAGAUCCCAGUGCGCUGGACGGCUCCGGAGGCGGCCAUCUACCAGAGGUUCUCUGUGAAGUCAGACGUGUGGUCGUUCGGUGUUUUGCUCUACGAGAUGAUGUCACGAGGCAAAAUGCCUUAUGAAGGAAAAAACAACAAGGAGGUGUUGGACCUGCUGUCCUCUGGAUUCCGGCUGCCCUGUCCAACCCGCUGUCCUCCGAACAUCUACCGCAUCAUGAUGGACUGCUGGGCCGCGGAGCCGUCCAAGAGACCCUCCUUCCACGCCCUGCACAGCCAGCUGGACUCCAUCUAUGCCCGGAUCUAUUUCAAGACUAUAGAGGUAUAGAGAGAGGGACACAGGGACACAGAGGGACGCAGAGGGACACAGAGAUGAUGAGAGGAUGUGAAUGGUGCAACAGCACAUCCUCUACAAACUGGUCCCCGACAGACUGAGAACAUGUUUUUAAAGCCACACACGUCUACAACAGGGUAAAUGUAUUUGAGCAGCAGAGAGGUGAAAGGUGACGAGAGGCUUCUCCAGAGGGACACGAGACAGAGGGACAUGAGGACGUCUUCCUCUUCAAGAGUCAGGAGGCUGUGAACUGAGGACGAGGUGUGAGGUCACUGCUCCCCCCCCCGCAGCACAUUCACAGACGCACCUGCUUUGAGUUUUUUACCCUCAGUGUUUUCUAGAUGAUGUUUUAUCACCUGUGUACCUGCCAUGUCUGCUCAGCACACGUUGAGAUGUUCUGAGGUCACAGGUCAGGACUUUGACUAAUCACCUGUCUUCUGAUUGCAAAGCCAGUUCUAAAAUUGAGGUUAUGUGCAAUAAUGAUCCUCCUGCUGGUUGUGAAGCCUGGGGCCUGGUGCUGGGGCCUGGUGCUGGGGCCUGGUGCUGGGGCCUGGUGCUGGGAGGUCCCAGAGGAAGAAGACCAACCUGCACCAGGACCAGAGGAUGGAUCCAGUAGCUUCGUGAUCUUUGAGUUUCUCAGACCCUCAGGUCAACUUGUGCUUGGAGGUUAAAGGAUUCAGUCUCUUAUCUGUCAGGAGAUCCAGACAGCAAACUGCUGCUUCACAAAGUCUCAGGUCCACAGAAGAAGAAGCAGAAUGUGUGUAGUAGAUCAUUGUAGAACCAGAGUGUUGUAGUGUGCACACCUCCACCGAGGCCAGUCAGGUCCAUGAGUUCUUCUGGAUCUUCUCCUGAUCCUGAGCUGACACAUCAAACAUCCUUCCACCCAGUCUGGUGUGAACCCGUCCGGUGGUUUGUCUGUGAUCCUGCUGACAGACCAACAACACAGAUGGAUGGAUCUGCUCCUUGGUGAAGGGAAUGAAUUAUUAAAUGCACAUGUAACAUGCAUCUUUUGAUUUUGGGAAUAUGUUUUGGAAAUCUGUUUUUACAACCUCAUGAUGACGGUGAGGUGAGAAGCUCUCGUCCCUCUGCUGUAGCAACAGGGCCGCUCGUGUUAGCUUAGCCACAGACAGAGCUAAUCUGUCAGUAGCUUUAAUCCACAGACUGGAGGAAGGUGAAGCAUUCUGGGAAUGUGACGUCAUGUGACUUCAGAGUCUGCAGCAGUGAUCACGAGGUGUCGAGGUCCAUAACCACCCUGGACCAAUCAGGAGUCAGUGUCAGCUGUCAAUCAUCACGUCUUUUCUGUCACUUUGGUCCAUGUCCCAUCUGCUAACAUGGAGGAGGUGGAGUCUAUGAGCUGUACUGCAGCCAGACACCAGGGGGCGAGCCAGAUGUUUUGGCUUCACCUUUGGGAGCCUCCAUGUUUAUUCACAGUAUUUAUAAUAAUUGAAGAGGUAAUUAAAUACUUUCUAUAUUGACGGAUGAACAGCAGGUGUCCUGACGGGGGGGGGGGGGGUAAACUAAUAUUCCUCUAGCUUUAAUGCUAACAGGCAUGCCAGUGUUAGCAUGCUAACUAGCAUACAUUCUUACAUUAUUAGCUUUGUGCCACACUGAAGAACUGAAGCGUCUCUUGCACGUGAGCACUGAUCAACUAGAAACGUUUAGACUGAGGAGUUCGACCUCGUCUGUGUUCACAGGAUCAACCCAGGGACCGACCCUGUAGCGCCCCCUUCAGGACAAGCUGUCCAACUAGUGAUCAGGAUCCAGGUCAAAGGGCUCGAGUUCCAGGAUCUAAGUGCAUUUAGUCCAAGUCCACGAAACGAAGGUCACUGCACCACAAGCUUUGAGUUCAAGUGUUGAUCCUGAAACUCGUUUUAACCAUGGGUGUGUUGUAGGCGUGACAUGCAAUCAACCAAUCAGAGAGCCCCGUCCACUGAGCAGCCCUCGGGCUCACACAUCCACAACACUGCAGAUUUAAAGAGUUUUCAUCAGGUGGUAAACUUCUGAGCAGAGUUUCACUUCCUGUUCAGAUCAUGUGUGUGUGUGUAACGAGCAGAGUGUGUGUCUGUCGCUGCAGCUUUAAAACAACAGGUAAAUACUUCACACCAAGCAAACACAUCACGCGUGCCUGACGACAUCUCAUCACGUGACCCCCCCCCCAAGUUGUGUCUCUGGGGCCCAGCAGGCUUCACCUGUUGUCUUGUUACUCUCCACAGGCACUGAGUGUCGUCUUCAGCGUCGGUCACGGGUCUGAGAAGGUUCAUGUUCCAUGUUGAGUGAGGGGAUUGUUGUGAUGAUCGUUUGAUCGAUGCUGCCGCGGUGCUUGAAAAGCCACCGGGCCACUGGGCCACCGAGCCACUGGGCCACCGUGCCACAUGUACAGGCCUUAAGUUAUUAAAGCUCUUCCACAGGCCCCCGACUUACAACUGGAGUGCCUAUGUUUACACACGUCUAUAACUAACUAUACAACAUGGACAAUAAAAACUACAAAAUGACCAAAACGGUGUGCAGAGUAAAUCAGACUCAGUUCCCAGUAGCAGGAACUGGGAUUUCUUCACCACCAGUGCUGCGAUGCAAUGUGAUUUAAGAACAAUGCAGCUCUGGAUUUGUUUAUGCACGAUUCACAGAAGACGAAGACGAGUUCAGGAAACUUGAGCCAUAAUCACCAGAGAGAGACUUCUGUGUGUGUCUGUCGUCAGGUCCCGAGCUCCAGGAGUCAAAGAAUAAAGUCUUUUAAUUAUU